GCUAUAUCUCCUUGCCCGCCUUGAAUUUUUUUUGCCUGGUAGAAUUAAUCAUAUCUCGUCUCAUCUUAGAAAGGUCGGAAAACCAUGCAUGUCCGCAACGACAGACCGUCUCAUGAUCGACGCAACCACGGAGACAGGGACCAGAGCAAACUGCUCAAGCGCGAGAUCGUUGCCGGCCACAUAUUCUACCUCCCCGAAAAGAAGGAGAUCAGUCACUCGUCGCUGCAGAGUUGCUUGAUCGCCCCCAAAUGCUUCGGGCACCCGGUCCUGAUGCUCACCGUCGAGCAUACCGACGAGGUCAAAUUCCUGAUCAUCACGUCGUUUCGCGAAAAGGGCCUCGACGAACGCAUCAAAGAUCCCGUCCUGCGCCGGAACUACCUCCCCAUCCACCCCAGCCCACCCCACCAAGAGGCCGACUUCAUCACCCUCUACCUCUCCGGUUCCGAGCAGCUGGAGAAGAUGUCGUGGGUCAACGCCGCCAACGAGCUCACGGCCGACUGGCGCAUCCUCAGGCCCUUCAAACUCAACGGGAAGGGGCCCGUCUGUCUCAAGAAAGCAUCCCGCAGGGCCUUGCUCCAGUACAUGGCCGCUCGAAACUUUGGCUCCAGAUCACAGACAGUGGCAAUGCCUCCGGCCAUGUCGGCUGGACCGCAGAAGCUGCUCCUCCUCCCCACGCCUCCGUCCUCGCCCGUGCCGUACCAAGGAGGUCUGCCUACGUACGUCGACGUGGCAUGCCGCUCGACAGUCAAUGUUCGGCGUCCAGAUCCGUAUACACCGCCGUCUCCUCCCCGUGGUCUCCCCCGCCCCCCUCGCGCGAAUCCCACCCCGCUAUGGCCUCCAGGCCGUUUGACAUAUCCUCCCACCCCUCGCUUACCGGACUCGUACCCUGACCUGACCGAUGCCGAGGAAGAUCGCCCCAGGUUCUUCGCACCAAGACCCCGCCACGCGUAUGAGAGGGCGCCCUUGCUACCCACAGCAACACGGAUGACAACAGGGAUGCCGCCUUCUACAACGCGGGCACGAGUGUCCGGCGGCGGCCGCGGCCACUGCUGUGUUUUCCUUCUCAUUGUCACCCUGCUGCUCGUCGUAUGUGUUCUGUAUAACACAUGCGACCUCGUCGGCAGGAGCAAGGGGAUCCAUUGCUCGGUGCCACUUGAUGGAAUCUGAGACGGAGCCGGGGGUCCAUCAUCGACGACAUUUAUUCGAGUCUGGCUGGGGGUGCGCGUGCCCACGGGCGGCGAGGGAUUCUCUCCAUACCCUCCUCCGCUGUGAGUCUGGGCAGGUACAGCAUCCGGAGGACCUAGCCCGAGCCCCCAAGGGAGGCCCGAGAUGGGAUGUAAAUAAAUACCUUGGCGAGGUUUCCGGUCUGUACUCCUUGAGGAUUGCAAGGCAUGGGUGUGGCACGCCUUCUCUGGGAGAGGGAAAUCGGGCAUCCGCGGGAGUGUUCGAUUGGUGGGCGCGCAUGUCGUUGAAUCGAGCAACGAGACACUCCAAGAUACUUUACAGUCACACAAAGGCCUCUGCGAACCGAGCAAGAGCAAGUGGAGGGUUUGUAAAGGAGGAUCCGCCCCCCAUUCGACGUCGGGCAAGAAUGACAAUUUCUGCGAGAUUGAGGAGAAAAAGGCUUUGAAAAGCGUCCUGCCACUUUCUAUCUCAUUCUUCAAACCCUCUACUUAGAAAUGAGGGAUAUACCUUGACCAGUCCACGGUCUUGUAGACGCCGACCGGAACCCUUCGGAGGCUAAGGAAUGAC